AUGGGAAAUUUAAAAAUACUUUUUUCAUUUUUUUGCUUUUUGUUUUUUUUCCUUCCUAUUUUGAAUUGUGAACAUUUUCAUGACAAAAAAAUUAACUUAAAAAUAGAGUUAGUUGAUAAAGAUUUGUUAUUAUCGUUUGACCACUUAAGGAAAGAAAAAAAUAUAGUCCAAAAUGGAAGAAAAAUUAAUAUAAAAGUUUUUGAAAGAAUAAAAGAAAAUGUUUUAGAAAGAGCCUUUGUUGUAAAAGAAAUAGACAAAAUAAAAAGUUUAAAUCCAUUACAAAAAAAAAAAGUAGUGAGAUUAGAAAAGUUGAACGAAACAUUUAAUGAAGCCAACAGUGAAACAGAUAAUGAAGAAGCACAUAGUGAUAUAAAUGAUGAAGACAAUAAAGAUGAAGAAAAUAAUAUGAAAGUCAUUUCAUCUGAAGAAUCUAUGGAAAAUGAUAUUCAUAUGCUACGUAAAGUAUACCAAAGAAAUUCAAGAGAUGGAUCAACAACAUACUGCUAUAUGAAAUAUACAUUCAAUAUAAAUUUAGAAAAACUAAAUGAAAACAGUAGAAGUGAAUUAUUUAAAGGUCUAGAUAAGGCACCAAAUUAUAUGUCCUUUUUACCAGAUGAGGAAAUUAGCGAUGCUGAAUCCAUACUCGAUGGAGAAUACAAACAAAUGGAUAACUCAGUGGAGUACAAUGAUUCCAUUAUAUCAAAUGUUGAACUAAAAAAUAAUAAUGUUAAUGAAUUUAAUAAUUCAGAAUAUAUUGAUGCUAUUGAUGAAAUUAUUAAUUACAUAGACAGUAAAAGUGAUGAAAUAAAUAUACCUUUUUCCCUUAAACAUAAAUUAUUAAAGGAAAAAAAUAAUUUACAUUCAUAUGAUAAUAAAACAGAUGACAUUUGGGGGAAUAAUUCUCAAAUAGAAAAAUAUUACCUUUACGAAAUGUUAAGAAAUUUAAAAAAUUCUUUUAUUAAAGAGAAAAAAAAAAUAACAUCUUUAAAUAGAACAAAUAAGGAGGAUGAUAAUAAGAGUAUUCCUGAUAAAACUGAUGAUAAUAUUUUUAUAAAUUCAAUUGAGAAAACUUUUUAUUGUUAUAAUUUAUUAAAAAAAAAUGAUGUGCUUCAUUCUUUAAUUGUUAAUGAAUAUGAUAAAGAAGAAAAUUCCUCCAGAAAUGUGAGUAUUAAAAAUCAUCUACAUGAUAAUUUAUUAAGUGAAAUAUCGAAAGAGGAAAACAGUUAUGACACAGAGAAUGUAAAGAAGUGUGAAUCUUUUUUUAAAUUAGUUAUAAAAAGCGAAAUAAUUUUAAAUAAAGAUCUAGAUAUUUCAAAGGAUACAGACAGCAUAAAAAUUAAAAGAGAAAGAGAAAAAGAGGAUGAAGAAGAAGAAAAAGAAGAUAAUAAUGAAGUAGAAAAAGAAGAGAAUAAUGAAGUAGAAAAAGAAGAGAAUAAUGAGGAAGAAAAAGAAGAAGAGGAAGAAGAUGAAAUAGAAGAGAAAAAAAUGAUUAAAGAAGAAGGAGAAAAAGUAGAAGAAAAAAAUUCAAAUAAUGAAAAUGCUAUUUCUAUAAAUUCAGAUUCACCAAUGAGUAAUUCAAAUUUUAAUGACUAUUAUAAGAUAAAUAGUGAAUAUAAUUCUAAUGCCAAUUUAAUACAUAACAAAACAAAUGAUACUCUAGAUUUAUCAUAUUUGCGUACUAAUCCAGUUAACUUAAAAAAAGCUCAAGUAUUCAAUGAAUUGUUAGAGGAAACAAAAAACAAUGAAAUAGAUUAUGAAUAUAAUGAUGAUGAUGAUGAUGAUGAUGAUGAUGAUAAUGACGAUGAUGAUGAUGAUGAUGACGAUGAUGAUGAUGACUAUAAUGAUGAUGACUAUAAUGAUGAUGACGAUGAUGAUGAUGAUGAUAAUGAUGAUGAUAAUGAUGACGAUGAUGAUGAUGAAAAUGAUAUAGAUAAUGAUAAUGACGAUGACGAUGACGAUGACGAUGAUGAUAAUGACAAUGAAGAAGAAAUUGGAGAAAAAAGUAUAUUGAAAAGUUUAGCAAAAAAAGGUGCCAAUAAGUUAAUAGAUAAAGCUUCAGAUACUAUUUCGAAAACUAUAAAUAAAAAAUUUAAUGUUGGUAAAUUAUUAGAUAAAGCAAACAAGAUAGUUGGUAAAGUUAAAAAAGGGGUUAAUAAAAGCAAAAAGGUCGUUAGUAAAGUUAAAAAGGAAGCAAAAAAAGGUACCGAUAAAGUUAAAAAAGAAGUAAAACGAGGUGCAAAGGCAGCUAAAAAAGAAACAAAAAAAAAAGUUGAUAACUCUAAAAAAGUAGCAAAAAAAAGUGUUGAUAAAGUUAACAAAGAAUCAGUAAACUCUUCCAAUAUUUUAAGAAAUAACAAAAAAGCAGCUGUUAAUAAAAAGAAAAAUACAUUUAGUAAAGGUCAAAAGAAUAAAAAAAAAAUGUUAAAAACAAAAUCUAAUUCAAAAAAAAAUUCUACAAGUUCAUUAGGGAAAAAAGGCUCAAACGAAAAAAUUUCCUUAUUAAGUGUAUCUUCUGAAUCAAACAAAAAUUCUUUAAAUAAGGAGAAAAUAAAAAAGGAAAUGAAAAAAAUUAAUAAAGGAUACAAAAAACUGAAAAAAAUGGAAAAUAAAAUAAAGGAAGAAUUAAAAACUCCCGUUCCUUCGGACAAAAAAAUAAUUGCUGAAUUUGAUGAGUUUGAAAAAUUAAAUGAAAAGGAUAAGGAGUAA